AUGCUACGACUCACACGCGAGCUCAAGCAUCAAAGCAUUUCGAAGCGAGAUGACUCGUCCGAAGAAGACGAAUUCCGUGUUGAACGACGUCGGAGCGCUCGACUUAAUCCCAAACAAGAACAGGAAGCCUUUCGCGACUCUGGGACGGAAUCCGACGAAGAUGAACUUGAAGAGAUUGCCAAAAAAUCGUUGACAGCGAAGAAUAUGGAGGCAUUUCUUUCGGGUAGUCCGCCAGCCCUCUCCAGUUCUCCUCCAACAACCAGUGAUAUCGAUACAGAAAGCUGGGAUAGCUUCGGUCACGAAUCUGGCAUAUUAACGGGCGACGGUGAUUCAACCUCCGAUGAUGAUGAAUGUCCAACUCCAAGGCCGUGCGUUCCUGCUUAUACAAAGAUUUUACGUCGUCGUAUGCGUGGUGGCGCUUUCAGUAACGUCAAAUUUUCGAAAGAACAGUGCGAAUUUCCGCUUAUCAAUGUUUGUGGAACUGGAGAGAAACGCCGUUAUAGCAUGACAGAAAGGAAUGACACUGGACCGAUUUCUAGCCGUCUGCGGAGCAAUAAUGAUUCUCCAAGAGAGAUUAUUGUAGCAGCACGGCGUGCUCCCGUUCGAUUGCUGAUCAACAAACCGUAUUCAUGUGGUACAGGAGAUGCCACUUCAAUCGGGGUUGCUUCGUCCAGCACAAUUGAAGCUUCGUGUUCAGCUCCAAAAAGAAAUCGCUGCAACAAUUGGCGCCCGUAUCUCGAUCUCGAAAAGAUGAUCAAGAAUCGCAUUUCGAGUGAAUCGCCACGAACCCUCAUCAACAAGAAAGACUAA